CAAAAUAACUUCAGUAAAAAUAUCUCAAUACACAAUUAUCUAUGUCCGGAUUUGCUGCCUUAUCAACUGAAUCUUUGGCCGAAUGGUCUUCCUCGUUAGAAUCCGACGUCAACACUCAACUUGGAGCUGCUGCUUUAAGAAAUUUUGAUGCUGAUGAAACCUUGAUUGAUCGUGCCACUCUUCUUAAGAACUCGAUCAAUGUAUUCAAUAAUAAAAUUGAAUUAGAAGGUGCACCAAUUACCAGUCAAAAGGCAAGUGGUAGAUGUUGGCUUUUCGCCGCUACCAAUGUCUUGAGAGUUAAAAUCAUGAAAAAAUAUAACCUUAAAGAGUUUCAAUUCUCUCAAUCUUUCUUAUUUUUUUACGAUAAACUUGAAAAGGCAAACUAUUUCUUAGAACAAAUCUUAAACAGUGUUGAUGAAGAUGUUGAAUCUAGACUUGUCCAACAUUUAUUGACCGAUCCUAUUUGUGAUGGUGGUCAAUACGAUAUGUUUAUUAACAUUGUUGAGAAAUAUGGUUUAAUCCCAAUUGAUUCAUUCCCAGAUGUAUUUUCUUCCACUGCUUCAAGAAAACUUAACUUCAUGAUUACCACCAAGCUUAGAGAAUAUGCGGAAAUAUUAAGAGAAGCUGUACAGAAUGGACAAUCUGUAGAUGAGUUAAAGUUAUCUAUGCAAAAGGAAACCCAUAGAUUAUUGGUUAUGUUUUUGGGUAACCCACCAUCUCCAAAUGAUCAAUUGACUUGGGAAUUUGUUGAUAAAGAUUCUAAAUAUCAAUCUAUUUCAUUCACUCCAACUACUUUCUAUAAAGAGAUUUUGGGUGAAGAUUUGAGUAAAUGUGUUUCAUUAUUGAAUGAUCCUCGUAAUCCAUACGAUCAAGUGAUUAACAUUGAUAUCCUUGGUAAUAUGGUCAAUGGUAAGACAGUUCUGUAUUUGAACAUUGACAGUAAGGACUUGGCUAACUAUGCCAUCAAACGUAUUCAAAACAAUGAAGCCGUUUUCUUUGGUACUCAUACUCCAAUCUAUAUGGAUAAAAAGAGAGGUAUUAUGGAUCAAGCAUUAUUCAACUACAAGUUGAUUAAUUACGAAACCAAGCAAAACAAGGCAAAGAGAAUUCAAUAUCAUCAAUCUUUGAUGACUCAUGCUAUGGUGCUUACAGCAGUUCAUGUCAAUGAACAAGGAUUACCAGUUAGAUGGAGAGUUGAAAAUUCAUGGGGUAAAGAUUCUGGUAAGGAUGGUUAUUAUCUUAUGGAUCAUUCUUAUUUUGAAGAAUAUGUUUAUCAAAUCGUGGUAGACUCUUCAGAAUUAUCUAAGGAACAUUCUGAUAUCCUUAAUGAUACUUCAAGAACUACCACAACUUUACCACCAUGGGAUCCAAUGGGUGCCUUAGCUACUUUUAACUAAAUAUAAAACAUAAUGCCUGCAUAUACCAGCCCUAUUCA